CGCUCAUUCAACUUUGCUUAUUUGAAAAUUUACCGCAACAAUUAAUACUACAAUCAACUUGAAGAUGGAGUAACAUAUGAUCAUUGAUAACAAUCAAAUGAGAAAAUAAAAACUAUCGUUGAUAACAUAAUUAAUUUCAAUCAUUAUUCCGAUAAACACCCAAGGCGCUUAUAAGUAAAAAGUGUCAAACUAUUUUCAUCCAUUAAAAGAAUUGAAUUUUUUUCUUGUUCAGUAAAAGUUAUUUCCAAACUCAUCAAUAGUUUUAUUAUUAUUAAUUUGAAAUCAAUUUUAAUAGUUAAUCACUCAUUUGAUUGAAAACACAACCUAAACCAUAAUCAUGUCCACAACUCAAUCACCAGAACAACAGAAUCAACAACAACCAUUGGAAGAAAACUGGAUGGCCACCCCAUCGGUACCUAAUUGUCCACCGGGAUUAGAGUAUUUGACUCAAGUUGACCAGUUGCUUGUCCAUCAGCAUUUUAAAAAAUUUACUUCUUUUUCUCGUUGUCAUAUUGAAAACCGAUUCGAUAUCAAAAAUGCUUCAGGGCAAAAGAUCUACAUUGCUGAUGAACAGAUAACCUGUAAGGGAAUGUGGUGCGGACCAAGUCGAUCAUUCGAGAUGCAGAUCACAGAUCAGCAUGAGCGUGAAAUCCUUCAUUUAUCUCGGCCAUUUCGAUGUCAAUGUUUUCCUUGUUGCCUUCAACAAUUAGAAGUUUCCGCUUCUGGGUCAGUUUGUGGGUUUGUUAAAGAAUCUUGGUCACUUUUUGUACCCAAAUUCAGAAUCUGUAAUGCUGCCGGCGAAACUGUCCUCCGUAUCGAAGGGCCUUUUUGUACAUUUGGAUGUGGUCGAGAUAUUGAGUUCAAAAUUUUCACUUCCAAUGGUAACACUCAAAUUGGUCGAAUCGCCAAAAAAUGGAUUGGCCUUACUCGCGAGGUCCUUUCGGACAUCGAUCACUUUGGUAUCUCAUUUCCAAUGGAUUUAGAUGUUAACAUAAAAGCAGUUCUGCUUGGAGCUUGUUUCUUAAUUGAUUUCAUGUACUUUGAAGGUAAUGGUUCAAGAAUUGGAGCAAGUCUCGCUUUAUGUUGUCUAUGAAUCGAAAUUCGAAACCCUGACCAACGAAAGUCAAUUACAAUGUUCCAAUGGACACACUGACCAUCACAAACUUAACCUUGUCUAAUUUAAGCUCUUCAAUUGUCCUUUUCAACUAAUUGACAAUCAAUUGGAUUUUAAACCAUUAAUAAUAGAUGAUUAUAUUCAAAAAAGAAAAGUUAAUUUCCUUUAAUUGUUCAAAUUUUUAUUGAAAGUAAGGGAGUGGAGUUUGUUCACAAUAAUAUUUAACACAAUUACGACAAUCAACUGAAAGAUGGAGCAACGUACCAGCCAAACGAAAGAGAGAAAAUCAACUGACUCUCUUUUUCUUUUUUGUUCAGAUUUGUUUAUUUCUCUAUAAACUGUAACUCUCUUUGUCUUCAUUUACUUUUUUUUUUAUUUUCGUUUUUCUAACACCUCAAUAAAUCUAAUUGUAACUCUUGAUUAAUUAACUCUGUUGAAUUUUCUUCGUGUUCCUUUGAUAUUACAUUUGUCACAAUUUCUUAGAAACAAAUUUAAUUG